AUGCGGCCAUCACGCGGUGCGAGGGCCAGCUCAGAGGAGAUCAACGUAGCACUCUCCCGGGAGCCCUCACUUGCAAUCAUCGAGCCCGCGGUCAAGCCCAUGCGGUGGCCGGCAAUGGGCGGCGACGCAGCCCGGCUGGCGUUGUGCAUCUUCGGAGUGGUGGGCAGCCUGCUGGUUUAUGGCGUCCUGCAGGAGCGCAUCAUGACGCUCCCGUUCGGCGUCGGGGAGCGCCGCGAGGUCUUCACCUACAGCCUCUUCCUCGUCAGCUGCAACCGCCUCGUCACCGCGGCCAUUGCCGCCGCGACGCUGGUGGCCAAGGGCAUGCACUCCGAGCUGCGGCCGGUGGCGCCCAUCCAAAACUACGCGAGCGCGUCCCUCUCUAACGUCCUCGCCACCACCUGCCAAUACGAGGCCCUCAAGUACGUUAGCUUUGCGGUGCAGACCCUGGGCAAGUGCGCCAAGAUGUUCCCGGUGAUGCUGUGGGGCUUCAUCAUGCUGCGGAAGCGCUACGGCUGGCGCGACAUUGGUCUGGCUGUGGCCAUCACCGGCGGCUGCUUCGUCUUCUUCACGCUGGGCCCUACUGCCAGCAGGGUGGCCAAGGGGGCGGCCAGCUCUCUGUACGGCCUGCUGCUGAUGGGCGGCUACCUGGUGGCUGACGGCUACACGUCGACGGUACAGCAGUCCAUGUUCCGCGGCUACUCCAUGAGCACGUACAACCAGGUGCUCUACACCUCCCUCUGCUCCAUUGCACUCAGCUCAUUUGGCCUGGCCAGCAGCGGGCAGCUGCCCGCCACCUUCCGGUUCCUGUACAACCACCCGGAGGCACUUGGGUCCAUCUUCCUGCUAUCCUGCGCAGCUAGCUGCGGCUCCCUUUGCAUCUCAUACACGAUCAAGUCCUUCGGCGCCCUCACCUUUGCCACCAUCAUGACAACCCGCCAGUUCCUGUCCAUCCUCCUCAGCUCAGCCUUUUUCGGCAGCCCACUCACGCGCGGCCAGUGGGCCGGCACCCUGAUCGUCGUGACGGCCCUGUACUACCAAGGAUUCGCGGCGAAAGACAAGGAAGGUGGCGGCCACCACGGCGGCGGCGGCGGCGGCGGCGGCGGCAGCGGCGCCAAGGGCAGCAAGGGAGGCGCACACAGGCGGCCAUCAGAGGCAAAGGGAAAGGCGGAGGGCGCCUCGGACAGCAAGGGGGAGGUAUGA